AUGUCCACCAAACCAAGGCUACCGAACAGCACACCAUACCACCCUUCCACUCUCUCUUACCCAGCCACCAACCACGCACACACAACCGCCAUCACAGCUAACAUGUCUCCCCUCCCCAAACGCACCAUCUUCCUCCUCGGUCUCUUCCUUAUGACCACCCAAGCAAACCCCCUGGACGCCCACCCCAAACCACGGCGUUCCAUCGGCGGCGUCCUAAUCUGCACCAACCCCAACGCCACCGGCGUCUGCACCCACGAAACCUACCAACUCAACAAGUGCUACAACCUCCCCGACGCUCUUCGGAACAACGCUGCCACCUUUGCGCCAGACCCCGGUAAUUUCUUUUGUUAUCCUUACCUCAAGGUCUGCGGCGGUAUUUGCACCUCACCUGAGGGUUGCACCAUGGGACCUGUCGACUCUGACUACCCCCACCGGUACAACCUUACGGCCGUGAGCUGGGACCGGUUUAUUACUUCGUUUGAUUGUCUUUUGAAGUGAUCUGAGAAGGGGGGCUGUCGUUGGUUGGGUUACGAACCUGUCGCAGGAAGAGAGGCUUCUUUCUUGUCGAUCACAAGCUGUAUUGGUAGUCAGACGCAAUCCUCACAACAUCAAUACGCAGAAAAGCAAACAGCAAAAUAGAUCACUGUUUUGAUAAGCAAAAGUGUACAAAUCCCGA